AUAAAUGAACAUGUCCAAGACAUGAUAGAUUUCAAGAAAUUUAAACUUGGACCAUCUUUAUUCAUAGUGAUAUCAUAAACAAAUUUGCAAGAUAUUGUUAUACAAAAAAUGAAAUUCUUGGAGACUUUUUCUGAACUUUUUCUUCUGAUUCCUACCCCAACUGCUUUGUUCCUUUAAAUAGACAAAGCACUUGGCCAUAAACCUCUCCCCUGAGGCACGGAAUUCCCCCUUUCUUGUGUUCUGGCAGCCCAACUUAAAGAAGCUUAAUUAGGGUUCCAAAAUGGAUUUGCACUUUACCAGAAAGGGCUCAUUUCCAGUCAUCUUGGUAGCAGCAAUAUUAAUGGCUUGGAUGUUCUCUUGUGGAAGCUCAGGCACAGACAAGGACAAGGAGGAGUGCACCCAGCAGCUGGUUGGGAUGGCAACCUGCCUGCCCUAUGUUGAAGGCAACGCAAAAGCCCCAACUCCGGACUGCUGCAGUGGCUUGAAACAAGUGUUGAAGGCAAACAAGAAGUGCCUGUGUGUCAUCAUCAAAGACAGGAACGACCCAGAUCUUGGCCUCACCAUCAAUGUUACCCUUGCUCUGGGCCUGCCUUCUGCCUGUAAUGCCCCUGCUAAUGUUUCCCAGUGCCCCGCCCUUCUUCACCUGCCCCCAAAUUCGCCAGAUGCUCAGGUGUUCUACCAAUUUGGAAAUGCCUCCAACGGCAGCAGCCCAGCCAAGAGCCCAACUAGUGCUUCUGUUCCAAGUGUGAAAGACAAACCCACAAGUGCCAGCAGCACCGGGGCAAGCGGGGUGCAACCAAACAGUGGCAAGAGAUGGAUGGGAUUGCAAGGCAUUGUUAAUGUUGUUGGGCUCUUGCUUUGUUUCUUUUACAGUUCGCACUUGUUCCUGUAGGCGUUAGAUCUCUUCACAUGGAUGGAUUCCAGUCUCACAUCAAUCCUGCAAUAUAAAUAAAUUUAUAUUUUAUUUUUCU